AUGGCUGAGAAACCUCCACAUGUCUACCGUUUCCCCAUGUUUUUUAUGCUUUAUAGGUGAUAUUGAAUGAACCCAUUAACUAUCAUUAUUCUGCUAGCCCAGUACUGAAGCUUCCCCCAUCAUGAGAAGCCUCUGUGUUGAGCCCUUUCAAAAUCUCAGUGUUGUUGAUACUGGUGCGAGGAGAGCUUUCACCCACUGCUCUCCGUGGAAGACCAAUCAUGAGCACGAAGCUGUCCUUUCGUUCCCUCUCUCCAGCCCCAUUCGUAAAUCACUCUGUAUUUGCCUCUCCUCUUCUGCAAAUCUACCGGUAAUGAUGGAGGAGAAGAAGCAAACUUUUGAUGCGAAUGAAGCUGCUUUGCUAGUGAAGAAACUAAAUGAAAGCUUCAGAACUGGCAAGACAAAGAGUUACGAGUGGAGAGUGUCACAAUUGAAGGGUAUUGAAAAGAUGGUUGUGGAAAGGGAGAAGGAUAUUUGUGAAGCCCUUUAUAAGGACCUCUCUAAGCCUGAAUAUGAAGCCUUUGUUUCUGAGAUUGCUAUGGUAAAAUCAUCUUGCGAGGAGGCACUUAAUGAAUUGAAACAGUGGAUGAAGCCAGAAAAGGCCAAAACCUCAAUGGCAACCUAUCCUUCUUCAGCGGAAAUUGUGUCAGAACCUCUCGGAGCUGUGUUGGUCAUCUCAACUUGGAACUACCCAUUUUCGUUGUCAGUUAAACCAGUCAUUGGGGCUAUUACAGCUGGAAAUGCUGUGGUAUUAAAACCUUCAGAAAUUGCUCCAGCUACUUCUUCACUGCUUUUAAAAUUAUUUGAGGAAUAUCUAGACAGAUCUGCUGUAAGAGUAGUCGAGGGAGGUGUUCUUGAAACAACUGCAUUGCUUGAUCAGAAGUGGGACAAAAUAUUCUACACAGGGAGUCCAAGAGUAGGGCGCAUUGUCAUGACUGCUGCAGCGAAGCACCUUACUCCUGUUGUCCUAGAACUUGGAGGGAAGUGCCCAGCUGUUAUUGAUUCUGAUGUUGACUUACAAGUUACUGUAAGGAGGAUCAUUGCAGGCAAGUGGCAAUUGAAUAAUGGACAAGCUUGCAUUAGUGUUGAUUAUAUCAUAACAACAAAAGAGUUUGCCCCAAAGUUGAUAGAUGCACUAAGGAAAGGGAUAGAGGAAUUUUUUGGAACAGAUCCAAUGGAAUCAAAAGACAUAUCCUGUAUUGUGAGCUCAAAUCAUUUUUCACGUUUGGAAAGUCUCAUGGAUGAUUACAAGGUUUACAACAAAAUUGUUGUUGGAGGACAAAGGAAUCAGAAGAAAUUAAAGAUUGCUCCAACAAUAUUCUUAGAUGUUCCUGGAGACUCUCAACUGAUGCAGGAAGAGAUAUUUGGGCCAUUGCUUCCUAUUAUCACUGUUGAAAAUGUGAAAGACAGUAUUGAUCUGAUAAAUUCAAAACCAAAGCCUCUUACUGCAUAUCUCUUCACCAACAAUGAGAAGCUAAAGAAUAACUUUGUGCAAAGUGUGUCCUCUGGAGGAAUGGUCAUCAAUGACACUGUGCUGCAUGUUACAGUUUCCAGUUUACCCUUUGGAGGAGUUGGGGAGAGUGGAAUGGGAUCAUACCAUGGUAAAUUUUCUUUUGAUGCUUUCAGUCACAAGAAGGCAGUUCUGUACAGAAGUUUCAGUGGAGAUGCAUCUGUCAGAUAUCCACCAUAUACACCAGAAAAGCAGAAGCUAAUUAGGGCUGUGAUGAAUGGUGGCAUAUUUGACAUAAUUCUUGCUUUGAUGGGAUGGUCUAGAGAUUGAACACAUGACUUAAAGACGGGUUCCUUCUUGUGGUGGUUACCCUCUCUCUUGAAUGUAUAUUUUCUCAAGUCCCAUCUAAUCUAUACUUAUGAGAUAAUGUAUGAUUAGUAGCCAACUGCACCAUUACUUUUAGAUUGUUAGAGAGCAUCCAUUCAAGGGAGAGUGUCCUGUUGUAGGAACUGGUAUUAUCAGAACAAAAAGGGAACUAAAAUUGUAAUAGGUACACUAUCAUUUGAAGAGUCACAUUCCAAUGAUUUGAAAUUGUAAAUUAUAUUUGAACUUGGAAUCUUACAUGAAUAUUUAGCCUCGUAAAA